AUGCACAUCCAAAGCACCCUGUCGAGACGCUUUGAGAGCCUCCAGGGCGAGCUGGACGCAGCCUUCGCGCGUUUGCGCGAGCAGGUGCAAGAAGCACAGGAGGAGCUGGAGGGUGAAAUUGCCCAGGAGCGAGCGAUCGCCGCUGCGCUGCCUGACGGCGCGGAUGCAAAGGAGGACUUAGAGAGUUGGUUGCUAAAGGAUGCCAUCCUGUCGGUGCCACUAUCGGAGAAGGAGGAGACCCUUCCGAUCGGGGCCUUGAUCCUGCAACAGGCGGCAGCCUCGGAGGGCACUCAGCUGGCCUUGCGCCUGAACCCACACAUCAUGGAGCUGUCCCAGCGCACCAACGGGGCGGUGGAGGCCGUAGGCAAGGACCGGCUGAAGUCCUCUCUCUCGACCAAGAAGACCACCGCCCAUGUGGGCACCGAGCGGCACUCCAACGUGGCGGAUCAGGUGCGGCAAGUGCAGCAGAAGUACUGCCAGCCCUUCAUGCCCAACACAAAGUCGCGGGUGGCUUGGGAUGUGUGCGGCAUGUGCCUCAUUGUCGUGGAUACCUUUCUACUGCCUGUGACUAUGGCAUGGGAUUUGGAGCGGCUUGGCCCGUCAGCAUCCAAGUCUGCCUCCUUCCGGUAG